CACACUACAAAACAACUCUCUCCCUCUGCUUCAUCUUCUUCUAUGUCUCGCCUCCUUCCUCCUCCUGCUUACCUCUCCGUCAACCUUCCUAUCAUGGAGAAAACUCCUUCUUCCGAGUUAACCCCAACUCGACUCGGUUUCCCUAACGAGUUUCCUUACGAGUUCGACUCUCCUUCCUUCUCCCCUGGUUUCACUUCUCCCGGUGACUCCACUGAGACGGAAGACGAGAGCAGUGACGACGAGGAAGACUUCCUCGCUGGGUUAACUCGCCGACUCGCUCCCUCGACUCAGCGUCUCCCUCCUCCUCCUCUCUACAAGACUGAGGAGAAACGUCAAGUCGCAGCUACUUCACCACAGUCAACACUGAGUGGACUCGGAAGCUUUUCAAACUCAGGAAGUAGAAGCCCUAUCUUACCAUCCCCACCGGCUCCUACGACCUCUUUCCGUAGAGACAAUGCUUGGGAUGUGAUAUCUGCAGCUGCUGGAGAAGUAGCUAGACUCAAACUCAGAAGCUACGAGCCUCAUCAUCUUCCUCUUCAAACCCCUGAGUCUCUUCUCCGCCGUCAAAACGCUGCGUUUCACGCUGAACUUCAGCAGCAGCGUCUCAUAGAACAGAUGUGGCUCUGUUCUUCACAGUCAAGAAUCAAGCUUUCAGAAAAUCAAUACCUGAGGAGAGUUGUGAACGACGAAGCUCUGUUUGAGAAUCCGAGAUUCGUGAGACACAACAGUCAUACAUGGCUGCCGACUCAGCAAGCCGUAGCUCCCCUAAAACGUCCGUCUGCUGGAACCGGAGUUUUCCUUCCCCGGCGAUACCCAACGACCACUCCUUCCGAUUCCCUGAAAAAACCAGUCAACACUCCAGCUAUGUUGCAAUCUAAAGUGAAUCCGCAACAUCUCAACUAUGAUGAGUUCACCAAUGUUGUUGGGACAAGGCGUAGCCAGUUCGAUUACGAGUGCAUGCUCGCGAGAAGUUCAGUACUAGCUCGUCAGGGAAAUUUCAGAUCAGUUAGUGGUGGUGGUUGUAUGAAUCAAGAACGACGUCUUCCACAGGAUUGGAUGUAUUGAUGAUAAUGAUAGGAGUUUUCAACUGUUGUUUUUGUCUCAGAAGUUUGAAAAUCAGAAGGAGCGUUUUAGUGUUAGAAGUGGUUUUGGGUUUAGGUUAUAAUGUUAUGAUUAGUAAUAAGGAUAUGAUAUUAAUCAGAAUAAAAGUAGGGUAAUAUU